AUGACAUCCUCCUCCUCCUCCACCAUCCCCCACCUUCCUCCGCCCGAAGACCGCCCCGUCCGUGUCUACGCCGAUGGCAUCUACGAUCUCUUCCAUUUCGGCCACGCUCGUUCCCUCGAACAAGCCAAAAAAUCGUUUCCCAACACGUACCUUCUGGUUGGAUGCUGCAGCGAUGCGGUGACACAUAAAUAUAAAGGCAAAACCGUUAUGACUGAAGAUGAACGUUAUGAAUCGCUCCGUCACUGCAAAUGGGUGGAUGAAGUGAUUCCGGAUGCACCUUGGGUUAUCAAUCAGGAGUUUCUUGAUAAGAACAAUAUUGAUUUUGUAGCUCAUGAUUCUCUUCCAUAUGCUGAUACCAGUGGUUCUGCAAAUGAUGUUUAUGAAUUUGUUAAGGCAGUUGGGAGAUUUAAAGAAACACAACGAACUGAAGGUAUAUCUACAUCAGAUAUAAUAAUGAGGAUUGUCAAAGACUAUAACCAGUAUGUGCUGCGUAACUUGGAUCGUGGGUACUCAAGAAAAGAUCUCGGUGUGAGCUAUGUUAAGGAAAAACGAUUGCGCGUGAAUAGGAGACUGAAAACUUUGCAAGAGAAAGUAAAAGAACAGCAAGAAAAGAUCCAAACUGUUGCAAAGAAUGCUGGUAUGCAUAGGAAUGAGUGGGUGGAAAAUGCUGACCGUAUGGUUGCUGGAUUUCUAGAAAUGUUUGAAGAAGGUUGCCAUAAGAUGGGAACUGCCAUAUGUGAUCGAAUUCAAGAAAGCUUAAGAGGUCAGCAACCAAAUGAUGAUUCAUUUCUUCAAAAUGGCACAGAUGAUGAGGAUGAAGAGUAUUAUGAUGAUCACGAGGAGGAUAGUGAGGAAGAGUAUUUUGAAGAAUAUUUUGAUAACAAUGAGUUUAAUCCCCAGAAUAAUGGGAAAGACAAGAAAAAAACGUAG